AUGAUUAGAAAGAAUGACCAAUGCAUUGCAGCAGUUUCUGAGCUUGAAAAAAACUUAGAGUGCAUUCGAACAAGAGCAAACAAGACCGAGGCUGUGUGGAUUUUUGAAGACUUCAUCACCAAUAUCCAAAUCCUCCAAAAAGCUCUUACCAAAGAAGAAAUCAAAAUAACAAGAAAUUCCAUCUUUAGGGUGGCAGUCGCCUUGGAGGUAUUCGCCCUUAAUUAUGGCAAACACCAAAUGAUUGGAGCGAAUUCUUCAAUGGAGAUAAACAGCCGAAAACUACUGUUGGCUAUACAAAAAACCUACCGCGAAAAUGCUACUGACUUUAAUCUUGGGAGAAAAGAACUUCAAACGAACCUGAAAGUUUCCUCUAAAAACUUUGCCAAGAACGUAUCAGUGGUUGUUGGGAUCGUGUACAAGGAUCUCCAUGAAUUAUUGAUUACAGAUCAACCCUUCAAAACUAUAAAGAGCACCACUAGAUAUUUGGACUCCGGGAUAACGGCCGUGGCUUUAGAUCCAAAUCCAGAAAAAUUACAAGAGAAUGUCAUCUUAAGGUUCAGAAAUCUGAAGAUUCACGAAGGAGCAAAGAAAUGUAUGUUUUGGAGUGGCUUAAGUGAAAGCUCAGGCAGAUUUUCAGAGACAGGAUGCCAUGUGGUUACAUCGAAAAGCAACUCAGAAGAAACAGUUUGCAGCUGCAAUCACUUGACUAAUUUUGCUGUCUUACUUGACUACAACGGUAUUCCAGGGCUCACUUUGGAAGAUGAAACUAUUUAUGAAAUUAUCACCAACGUAGGAUUGUGCCUUUCCAUUUUCGCGAUUCUUUCGACAAUUAUUUUAUAUUCCUACCUCACAGACGUCAGGCAACCUUUGACUCAAAUACGAUUGAGUCUUUUUGUAGCCCUUGGAGCUGGACAAAUAAUCUUUCUCGCCGGCAUAAACGCCACAGAAAAUACGGCCCUCUGUGUCCUAGUAGCAGCUUCAUUGCAGUAUCUCCUGAUGGCAGCUUUGUGUUGGGUGUUGGUGGAGGGAAUUUAUUCCUUCCUAUUUGUUGUGAAAGUUUAUAACAUCAACACCAAGAUUCAUUUGUAUCACUUCAUAUCAUGGGGUUUGCCCAUCAUCUUGGUUAGCAUUUCAAUAAGCAUCGCCGCUGGAAAAGAUGGAAUUAAAAGCUAUAUCAGUGAAACACAUUGCUGGCUGUCCUCAUCUAACAACCUGAUCUGGAUCUUCGUCACAUUUGUAGCUGUCAUUGAAGUUCUCAACAUUUUGAUACUCGUCCGAGUAAUAAAGGAGAUGAGUACAUUAACGCAACCCGCGGGGGAAGACAACCAUAUACAGCAGAUUAGACUUGGCAUUAAAACAUGCUCGGUGAUGAUUCCACUGCUGGGUGUCACAUGGCUUUUUGGUCUUUUGUUAUCAUCACACAAAGCUUUCGCCUACCUUUUCACCGUUUUCAGCUCUACUCAGGGAAUCCUGAUUUUCGUUCUUUAUUGUGCGCGGAACAGCCAGAUUAGAGAGCGAUUGAAAAGGAACACGAACAUCACUUUCCCAUCUGCUGUAGAUCAUGGAAAUUCUGCAAAUAGGGGCCCACAAGGUAAUCCAAGAGAUGCCGGCGAAAUGUGGGCGGUAGAAGUGCAGUCUUUCAAAGAAUAGUACCAUACAGUGUUCAGUAAUUCAAUUUAAACGACUUUAAGUGAUACUGUUUUUCCAUCUGUAAAAAUGAAAAAUCCCCAAGAAAAAGCUCACAGGUUAAUCCAAGUGAUGUCGGUGAUAUGUGAGCAGUUGA